AUGGCUUCCACAACUUCCGAAUCCCCCCCUUCCUCAGGCUCAGGCAAAGGCUCGACGUUUUGGCUUUGCUUUAUCGCUCUUGUCGUCGCCAACUUCCUCAGCGCGCUUGACCUGACCGCCGUCUCGACCGCGGUCCCGACAAUCACAAACGACCUCCAUGGUGGCGACAACUUCGUCUGGAUUGGAACUGCCUACGGUCUCUCCAGUACCGCCAUCCUUCCCUUUUCGGGUCGUCUUGCGGACGUCUUCGGUCGUCGCCCGACGAUGCUAGUCUCCAUCUCCAUCUUCCUCCUCGGAAGCGCCCUCGCCGGCGCGGCCCAGAAUAUGACUUGGAUGAUCACGGCUCGCGCCGUCCAGGGCAUCGGCAGUGGCGCGAUCGUCAACCUUGGGUCGAUUAUCCUCGGCGAUUUAGUCACGCUGGCUGAGCGCGGGACGUACCAAGGCCUGCUCAUUCUCAUCUGGGCUCUUGCAGGUGCUACUGGGCCUUCAAUUUCUGGAGUUCUCACCGAGCACGCAACAUGGCGGUGGUUGUUCUACCUCAACUUGCCUUUGGCUGGAGUUUCCUUCGUCCUUGUUGCAGCCUUCCUCCGCGUCCGCACCCCAGACGGCACGAUCAAAGAGAAGCUAGGCCGUAUAGACUGGAUUGGUAACUUGAUUAUCAUUGCCGGGACGACUCUUGCACUCAUCGGGCUUACUUGGGGUGGUAUCCAGUUCCCCUGGGGGGACACACAUGUUCUGGGUGCUCUCAUCCUAGGCUUCAUUCUUAUCUUUAGCUUCUUCUUGUACGAAACUCUGGUACCUAAGGAGCCUACAAUCCCCCUCGACGUGAUGAAAAACCGGGUUGCCGUCAGUGGAUACAUCGCCACCUUCUUCCACGGUGUCCUCACGCUGACGACUAUCUUUUAUCUCCCUGUGUACUUCCAGGCCUGCAUGGAAGCUACCCCGCUCCAGUCCAGCACUAAGCUUCUCGGUACCACACUCGUUUGCGCACCGAUUUCCUUCAUUACUGGCGGUGUUGUGAAGAAGACCGGGAAAUAUUUGCUUGUCAACAUCGUUGGCUGGAUAUUCAUGCUCAUCGGCUUCGGGCUCUUCACCACCUUGAAGGCCGACUCCUCGACUGGUGCGUGGGCUGGCUUCCAAGUCCUCACUGCUGCGGGCAUUGGUAUUAUUUGGUCCGCGACAGUAUUCCCUAUCCUCGCUUCUAUCCCUGUUCACCGAUUUGCGGCUGCAAUCGCGUUCCAGAACUUCCUCCGCACUUUUGCUCAGACAUGGGGAAUUGCGAUCUCCGCAUCUAUCCUCCAAAACGAGCUCAAGAAGAACCUGCCUGCCGCGUUCGCGGCACAGUUCUCGGAGGGCGUCGAGAUUGCCUACGCAGUAAUCCCAAUCAUCCCCGGGCUGGAGGAGCCACUCAAGACGGAGGUGCGGGCCGCGUUCGCAGCCUCGAUGUCCGUCGUCUGGAAGGUCAUGACCGGCCUCGCCGGCGGCGGCCUGCUCACCGUCCUGCUCCUCAAGGAGGUCCCCAUGCACACCGUCAUGGACGAUCGCUACGGACUCGAGGAUCGGAGCCAGCAAAAGCUGCCGACUAAGGGGGGCUCCCUCGAGGCGGACGAGGCAGUCCUCCGAACGGCAGAGACUCAGUCCUCCGACGCUUGA